AUGGGUGUCCCAGCUUUUUUUCGAUGGUUGACUCGUAAAUAUCCAUCAGUGAUUGUGGAUGCUGUAGAGGAGAAGCCGCGUGAUCUAAAUGGAGUUCGGGUUCCCGUUAAUACUGUCAAUCCAAACCCUAAUUUCCAGGAAUUCGAUAACUUAUAUCUGGACAUGAAUGGUAUUAUUCAUCCAUGUACUCAUCCAGAGGAUCGACCCUCCCCCAAAACAGAAGAGGAGAUGUUUACACUAAUUUUCGAAUAUAUAGAUCGAUUGUUUGCAAUCGUUCGUCCUCGCAAACUUCUCUAUAUGGCAAUUGAUGGUGUGGCCCCAAGAGCGAAGAUGAACCAACAGCGUAGUCGACGUUUUCGUGCCUCCAAGGAAGCUAUUGACAAAGUUGAACAAAUUGCUGAAACAAGAUCACGACUAGAAAAUGAAGGUUAUCCACUACCGCCUGAAAGGAAAAGUGAACAUUUCGAUAGUAACUGCAUAACACCUGGCACACCUUUCAUGGCACGGCUAGCUGUUGCUCUUCGUUAUUAUGUCCAUCAACGACUGAACAGUGACCCAGGUUGGGAAAAAAUUGCGGUGAUCUUAUCAGAUGCAAAUGUGCCAGGAGAAGGUGAGCACAAAAUCAUGGAUUUUAUACGACGACAAAGAGCAUCUCCGUCUCAUGAUCCCAAUACCGUACACUGCCUGUGUGGAGCGGAUGCGGACUUGAUUAUGUUGGGAUUGGCUACUCAUGAGCCUAAUUUCAAUAUUAUAAGAGAAGAAUUUAUGCCAAAUCAGCAGAGACCAUGUGACCUUUGUGGGCAAUAUGGUCAUGACUUAAAUGACUGCAAAGGAUUGGCACGUGACGACGAUUCGGAAUGUCAGUCAUCUCCAUUACAAAAAGAAACAAAUUUCAUAUUCGUUCGCUUGCCUGUACUCCGUGAAUACCUGGAACGUGAACUGCACAUACCUAAUUUCUCCACACCUUUUGAUCUGGAACGGGCUAUCGAUGAUUGGGUAUUCAUGUGCUUUUUUGUUGGCAACGAUUUUCUACCUCAUUUACCGUCGUUAGAAAUUCGGGAGAAUGCCAUUGAUAGACUCGUAAAACUGUACAAAGAUAUGGUUUGUAAAAUGAAGGGAUACCUCACUGAUUCUGGCAUCGUUGAUAUUGAAAGGACUCAAAUUAUACUUGAUAAACUGGGUGAAGUAGAAGAUGAAAUAUUUAAGUCGAGGCAGGAAAGAGAGCAACAAUUCAAAAGAAAAAACAAAGAAAGGAAACGACGUGAACGAUUCCAUACGACACCUUCGUACACCCCAUCACGAGGUUCUCUUCUCGCACCGCAAACUAAUGGGCCCAUGUAUCUCAGUGGAUCCAGUACUAGAGCAAUGGCACGCACUGCUCGGUUGCAGGCGUUUAAUUUUGCCGAAACAAUGCAAACUCAGAUAGUGAAAAAUGUUGCUUUACAUGUUCCUGCUAAUAAUAUACCAGAAAGCAGUGAUCGCAAGCACGAAUUGAAAGAUGAUUCCAGUUCAGAGGACGAAGUCUUUGACGAAGUGAGGUUGUGGGAAGAUGGAUGGAAAGAUCGGUAUUAUAAAAGCAAAUUUCAAGUAGACGGCAAAGACAUUGUAUUCAGACGUAAAGUUGCUUUGGCAUAUGUAGAAGGCCUUUGCUGGGUAUUACGAUAUUAUUAUCAGGGCUGUGUGAGUUGGGACUGGUACUAUCCAUUUCAUUACGCUCCGUUCGCAUCAGAUUUCGAUUCAAUUUCUCAGUUCAAGCCUGACUUCAGUGCAUACACCGAACCUUUUAAACCACUACAACAACUUAUGAGCGUCUUUCCAGCCGCAAGCAGGAUACAUUUGCCGGAAGCUUGGCAAGAACUGAUGAUAUCACCGGUCUCACCAAUAAUCGAUUUUUAUCCUGACAAUUUUGUUAUUGAUUUAAAUGGUAAAAAGUGUGCGUGGCAAGGAGUUGCAUUACUACCGUUUGUGGAUGAAAAACGACUUCUAGAAGUUCUAAAGCCGAUGGAGGACAAACUGGACGCUUUUGAAAAGGAAAGGAAUUCCAGAGGUUCUGAUCGGCUAUUUGUUGGACCUUUACAUCCUUUCUACAAAUUCGCGGAGGAGCUGUAUGAAAACGGUAAAGAAGACUCGAUCGCUUUAGCAAUUGACACUACAUUAACAUUUGGAAUAGCUGGUACUGUUGGUGUAGAUGCGAAAGCUGUAACGAAAGGACAAAAUUAUAAAUCUCCACUUUCACUUGACGAAUUCGCGGAUAUAGUUAAAAAUAAAGCUAUUAUGAUGAUUUACAAAGACCCGCAGUUUGAAAAAGGACAUGUAUUUGCUGCAAAACGUUUGCCAGGAGCUGUUGAUCUGCCACGAACUUUGAAAGACAUGAAUAUGGAUCACAGAGAACCCUAUCGACCUCAAAUAGGGUUUUCGCGCGAGAUACCACGACAUGGAUUAAGCGAUGCUGGACGAAGAAUGGUUGAACAUGGCAUUGGUAAUAGUCCUAGACCGCUUUUCGAACCAUACCACAUAGAUUCGCAUAACAACAGGUACUACCAGUCAUCAUGCUGGGCUCCAGCGGGACCCUACGUAGACGAUCGCAUGUCCAACUGUCCGCCAUCUGCAAAUCAAUUUCGUGAAAGAAGACAAAUGAGUGGGGAAUGGUGCGGGAGCCCAAGGCGAUAUCGGAAUUUCAAUGAGUACGAAAGAAUGCCACAAGUACCGAUGCCUCUCAGACAUCCACUCCGAUAUGAGCCAUAUCCAGAACUAGUUUCUUUGCGUGCCAGAAGCCGUGGCCGUGAUCGGCCGCCUCAGCAUUCAGUAUACCGAUGGUAG